GCAGGUCCUUAGGCCUAGAAGUCCCCUUUUAAGAAUUUAUCCUAGAAAAGGAAUUGAGGUAGGGUCCAUAAGGCACAAGGUUCCCCACUCUUACCUGCAACAUCACUGAAAAUUGUUUUGCUAAAAUGCAAGCACCCUAAAUGCCAAAAGGGUUUCCAGGUUUGAAAGAUGAAAAGGUCCUGGAGAGCAAAGUUCCCUGGCGGUACUGAAGUUGACACUUAAAAAUGGUGAGAAUGGCAAGUUUUAUGUCCUGUGCAUUUUGCCAAAUAUUUUAAAGAAAGGGGAUCAGUUGUGCUAAACAAUGGAACAUGGACAGAAACUAUGUUGCAGAAGAAAAUUUAACAAUAUGGAGCAAUAAGGGUGACCUGCUUUAGGUGCAAAAGCAGGAAGGCAGGUUAGAAAACCCUGUAUUCAGCUCAACUGCAUGGCAAGGGCACCCGUCAUUAUGACAGUGCAUGCUCUGCCGGGUACUGGUGAAUUCUUCACAGAAGCCCAUGCUGUCAGAGGUUUCCACCUCUGACAGAUAGGGAAACCAAGGCCGAGCAAGCCCUGGCUCUCCUCCCACCUGCCCUAUCCCAGCCAAGCUCCUGGCUCUGGUGUGUGUGUCCUGGGGUGUUUUCUUUUCCCUUCAGUGGGUCUUCUCGGCUUUCUGAAACAGAAUAGGUGGCUUUUGCAAAGGGGUGCCAGUGAUGCUGUGAGGCUGGUGUCUCUUGCAGGCUGUUGAUGGAGAAGUGGGCGGAUGACAGCCGGGACUGUGGUCAUCACUGGGGGCAUCUUGGCGACUGUAAUUCUACUGUGCAUCAUAGCAGUUCUGUGCUACUGUCGGCUCCAGUACUACUGCUGCAAGAAGGACGAGUCGGAGGAGGACGAGGAGGAGCCGGACUUCGCAGUGCACUCACACCUGCCGCCAUUGCAUUCCAAUCGCAACCUGGUGCUGACCAACGGGCCCGCGCUGUACCCGGCCACCGCCACCUCCUUCAGCCAGAAGUCCCCACAGGCCCGUGCUCUCUGCCGCAGCUGCUCCUACUACGAGCCACCCACCUUCUUCCUGCAGGAGCCUGAGGACGAGGACGAGGACGAGGGUGUGCGCAACGGCGGGGGCCGAGUGGCCUACAAGAGCAUCAGCCAGGAGGACGUGGAGCUGCCCCCCGGGGGAUUCGGGGCCCUGCAGGCCCUCAACCCCAACCGCCUCUCGGCCAUGCGUGAGGCUUUCUCCCGGAGCCGCAGCGUCAGCACAGACGUGUGACCGUGUGGCGGGAGCCCACUGGUCCUGGGACCAUGGCAGGAUCCCCA